AUGGUGCAGCCGGGUCGGUGGCGGUAAGGAGAAAAAGAGGGACCGCACUGCGCAGGCGCCUUCGGCGUCUCUCUCGCUCUCUCGGUCUUUUUUUUUUUUUUCUUUCUUUUUUUUUUUUUAAUCCCCGCACCAAGCGCUUAACCUCAUUGGGGUGGAGGAGAAGGCGGCGGCUCUCUGGUCCGCAGCGGCAACAGUAACGAAAAACAGGGCUAAUGGACUGCUGAAUUAUGAAGUAUUUCAGACCCAAUAGUAGAACAUCACUUGCCACUCACUCCUUUAUCUCCUACUAGUUAUUUAAAUUGGACUUUUAAUAUCCUACCAGCUGCUCUUCAGACACACAUGGUGCAUUGUUGCCAUUCCCCAGAUUGCAUCUUUGAAACACAGGCUCUUGGUAACCUUCAGCGAACAAAGAGGCAACCUCCCAGAUACGUCUGCUGGGAGGGAGUCAUCCUGACUGCCCUCUAGCUUUUGCUGGAUCUGGAUUUGAAUUCCAUCAUGGAGCCUCGCAUGGAGUCCUGCCUGGUGCAGGUGUUGCAGAAGGAUGUUGGGAAACGAUUGCAGGUUGGCCAAGAACUGAUAGACUAUUUCUCAGAUAAACAGAAGUCUGCUGACCUUGAGCAUGACCAGACCAUGUUAGAUAAACUUGUGGAUGGACUUGCUACCUCUUGGGUGAACUCUAGCAAUUACAAGGUGGUUCUGCUGGGCAUGGACAUCCUGUCCGCCCUCGUGACCCGGCUGCAGGAUCGGUUCAAGGCGCAGAUCGGCACAGUGCUGCCAAGUCUAAUAGACAGACUAGGAGAUGCUAAAGACUCUGUGAGGGAGCAGGACCAAACGCUGCUGCUAAAGAUCAUGGAUCAAGCUGCUAAUCCCCAGUACGUAUGGGACAGAAUGCUUGGAGGCUUCAAACACAAGAAUUUCCGUACUCGAGAAGGAAUCUGUCUCUGCCUUAUAGCAACACUCAAUGCCUCUGGAGCACAGACUUUAACACUAAGCAAGAUCGUGCCACAUAUAUGCAACUUACUUGGGGAUCCAAACAGCCAGGUUCGAGAUGCAGCAAUAAACAGCUUAGUGGAAAUUUACAGACAUGUAGGAGAACGUGUGAGGGCAGAUCUCAGUAAAAAAGGAUUGCCACAGUCCCGGUUGAAUGUAAUUUUUACGAAAUUUGAUGAAGUCCAGAAAUCUGGAAACAUGAUCCAAUCUGCAAAUGAUAAAAAUUUUGAUGAUGAAGAUUCUGUGGAUGGUAACAGACCUUCCUCUGCUAGUUCUACGUCAUCCAAGGCUCCACCAAGUUCUCGGAGAAACGUCGGAAUGGGAACCACCCGCCGGCUUGGUUCAUCCACCCUUGGAUCCAAGUCUUCAGCUGCAAAAGAAGGAGCUGGUGCUGUUGAUGAAGAGGAUUUUAUUAAAGCAUUUGAUGAUGUACCUGUAGUACAGAUUUAUUCCAGCCGAGACCUUGAGGAAUCCAUAAACAAAAUCAGGGAAAUAUUGUCUGAUGACAAGCAUGAUUGGGAGCAAAGAGUAAAUGCUCUAAAAAAGAUUAGAUCUUUACUUUUGGCUGGUGCUGCUGAGUAUGAUAACUUCUUUCAACAUUUGCGUCUUUUGGAUGGAGCCUUUAAACUCUCUGCUAAGGAUCUGCGGUCUCAGGUAGUGCGGGAGGCUUGUAUCACGUUGGGGCAUCUGUCAUCAGUUCUGGGGAAUAAGUUUGACCAUGGAGCUGAAGCCAUUAUGCCAACUAUAUUUAAUUUAAUUCCAAACAGUGCCAAAAUUAUGGCCACGUCUGGUGUUGUAGCUGUUAGGUUAAUUAUUCGGCACACACACAUCCCUAGGUUAAUACCUGUCAUAACAAGCAACUGUACCUCUAAGUCCGUCGCAGUUAGAAGGCGCUGUUUUGAAUUUUUAGAUUUGCUUUUACAAGAAUGGCAGACACAUUCACUAGAACGACACAUAUCAGUAUUAGCGGAAACAAUAAAGAAAGGAAUACACGAUGCUGAUUCCGAAGCAAGAAUAGAAGCCAGAAAAUGUUACUGGGGUUUCCACAGUCACUUCAGCAGAGAAGCAGAGCACUUAUACCACACCUUGGAGUCCUCCUACCAGAAAGCCCUGCAGUCCCACCUGAAGAACUCAGACAGCAUCGUGUCUCUGCCUCAGUCUGACCGCUCGUCUUCCAGCUCUCAAGAGAGUCUAAAUCGGCCGCUGUCUGCCAAAAGAAGUCCUACUGGAAGUACCACGUCUAGAGGUUCUACAGUUAGUACCAAAUCUGUGUCAACGACUGGGUCCCUUCAGCGAUCUCGAAGUGACAUUGAUGUGAACGCAGCAGCCAGUGCCAAAUCCAAAGUCUCCUCGUCUUCGGGAACAACGCCUUUCAGCUCCGCUGCGGCUUUGCCUCCAGGGUCAUAUGCAUCCUUAGGUCGGAUCCGCACAAGACGGCAAAGCUCUGGGAGUGCCACCAACGUCGCCUCUACACCUUCUGAUAACCGGGGCCGCAGUCGCGCUAAAGUGGUUUCACAGUCCCAGCGAUCCAGAUCUGCUAAUCCUGCUGGUGCCGGCAGCCGGUCAAGUUCUCCAGGAAAAUUGUUGGGAAGUAGUUAUGGUGGACUUGCUGGGGGCUCCUCACGAGGCCCACCUGUGACACCAUCUUCAGAAAAGCGAAGCAAGAUUCCCAGGAGCCAGGGAUGUAGCCGGGAAACAAGUCCAAACCGAAUAGGAUUAGCACGGAGCAGCCGUAUCCCUCGACCCAGCAUGAGUCAGGGGUGCAGCCGCGAUACCAGCCGUGAGAGCAGCCGAGAUACAAGCCCUGCUCGGGGCUUUCCUCCACUUGAUCGGUUUGGGCUUGGCCAGCCAGGAAGAAUACCUGGUUCUGUGAAUGCCAUGAGAGUUUUGAGCACAAGUACAGAUCUUGAAGCUGCUGUUGCUGAUGCUUUGAAGAAGCCUGUGAGGAGGAGGUAUGAGCCGUAUGGGAUGUAUUCUGACGACGAUGCCAACAGUGAUGCCUCGAGUGUUUGCUCUGAGCGCUCGUAUGGCUCCAGGAAUGGUGGCAUUCCCCAUUAUCUGCGGCAGACCGAGGAUGUAGCAGAAGUUCUCAACCACUGUGCUAGUUCAAACUGGUCAGAAAGGAAAGAAGGGCUUCUGGGCCUGCAGAACCUACUGAAGAGCCAAAGAACACUGAGUCGAGUUGAACUGAAAAGAUUGUGUGAGAUUUUCACCCGGAUGUUUGCUGAUCCUCAUAGCAAGAGAGUUUUCAGUAUGUUUUUGGAGACUCUUGUGGAUUUUAUAAUAAUUCAUAAGGAUGACUUGCAAGACUGGCUUUUUGUUCUUCUCACACAAUUACUUAAGAAAAUGGGAGCAGAUUUACUUGGAUCUGUGCAAGCAAAAGUCCAGAAGGCUCUAGAUGUCACCAGGGACUCCUUUCCAUUUGAUCAACAAUUUAACAUUUUGAUGAGAUUUAUUGUGGAUCAAACUCAAACUCCAAACCUCAAGGUCAAAGUUGCAAUCCUGAAAUAUAUUGAGUCUCUGGCCAGACAGAUGGAUCCAACAGAUUUUGUAAACUCUAGUGAGACAAGGCUUGCUGUUUCUAGAAUCAUAACCUGGACAACAGAACCAAAGAGUUCAGACGUGAGAAAGGCAGCACAAAUUGUGCUAAUCUCUCUGUUUGAAUUGAAUACUCCUGAAUUUACCAUGUUACUUGGUGCCUUGCCAAAAACAUUCCAGGAUGGUGCCACCAAACUCCUGCAUAACCACCUCAAGAAUUCCAGUAACACCAGUGUGGGCUCUCCAAGCAAUACGAUUGGCCGGACACCCUCCCGACACACCAGCAGCAGGACCAGCCCCCUGACCUCACCCACCAACUGUUCCCAUGGGGGUCUGUCUCCAAGUCGGUUAUGGGGUUGGAGUGCCGACGGCUUAGCGAAGCACCCACCUCCCUUUUCUCAGCCUAACUCCAUCCCCACCGCUCCCUCCCACAAGGCUCUCAGGCGCUCUUACUCUCCCAGCAUGCUGGACUAUGAUACAGAGAACCUGAACUCUGAAGAAAUCUAUAGUUCUCUACGUGGAGUUACAGAAGCCAUUGAAAAGUUUAGUUUUCGAAGCCAGGAAGAUCUGAAUGAGCCAAUUAAACGAGAUGGCAAAAAGGAAUGUGAUAUUGUGUCCCGCGAUGGGGGCGCUGCCUCUCCUGCCACCGAGGGCCGGGGGGGCAGCGAGGUAGAAGGAGGCCGGACAGCUCUGGAUAACAAGACCUCGCUACUCAACACCCAGCCUCCGCGUGCCUUCCCGGGGCCGCGGGCGCGAGAGUACAGCCCGUACCCCUACUCAGAUGCCAUCAACACCUACGACAAGACCGCCCUGAAGGAGGCUGUGUUCGACGAUGACAUGGAGCAGCUUCGAGACGUGCCCAUCGACCAUUCUGACCUGGUGGCUGACCUUCUGAAAGAACUGUCCAACCACAACGAGCGGGUGGAGGAACGGAAAGGAGCCCUGCUGGAGCUGCUCAAAAUCACACGGGAAGACAGCCUUGGCGUCUGGGAGGAGCACUUCAAGACCAUUCUGCUCCUGCUGCUGGAGACCCUUGGAGACAAAGACCAUUCAAUUCGAGCACUGGCGUUGAGAGUUUUGAGGGAAAUUCUGAGAAAUCAACCAGCAAGAUUUAAAAACUACGCUGAGCUGACGAUUAUGAAGACUCUGGAAGCCCACAAAGACUCCCAUAAGGAGGUGGUGAGAGCGGCUGAGGAGGCUGCGUCCACACUGGCCAGUUCCAUCCACCCGGAGCAGUGCAUCAAGGUGCUCUGCCCCAUCAUCCAGACGGCCGACUAUCCCAUCAACCUUGCUGCCAUCAAGAUGCAGACCAAAGUCGUCGAGAGGAUCGCCAAGGAGUCGUUGCUGCAGCUCCUCGCCGACAUCAUCCCAGGCUUGCUGCAGGGUUAUGACAACACCGAAAGUAGUGUGCGUAAGGCCAGCGUGUUUUGCUUAGUGGCGAUUUAUUCCGUAAUCGGAGAAGACCUGAAACCUCACCUCGCACAGCUCACAGGGAGCAAGAUGAAGCUACUAAACUUGUACAUAAAGAGGGCCCAGACCACCAACAGCAACAGCAGCUCCUCCUCCGAUGUCUCCACGCACAGCUAAUAGCAGCGCCUGUCUCUUGUGUAGACCUAGAAGCAAUCGGUGGUGCCUCUCAGAGACCUCUCCCUACCCCUUCAUCGGCUGCCCAGUCAGUACAAGGAGGCCCACAAAUAUUUAUUACAAUCAGUAUUUUGGUCCCUUCCAGCUUUCCUGUAGAAUCUUACUGGUAUUGAAUGUAAAGGAAGCAAGGCCUGUAUUGCAGUCUUCAUACAAAACAAAAGGAAUAGAGCAGAAAAGAGCCAUACUGAAACACGUCUUGUACAGCCUGCUGAGAUGGCGAAGCCGUGCGUGUGGGGUGCAGCUUCUAAAAAUCAGAGCGCUCUGGCCACUACUUGGUAGAAAGUAGCAUUUUUUUUUUCAGUUAAUAACAGAUUUGGGGGUGGGGUGGGGUGUUACUUUGUGUUCCUCCUCCUUAGCCUGUUUUCUUGUGAGUAUGGUCUGUGUGGGGCCCCGUUCACAGCCGACACCAUGAAAGGUGAUACGUCUUUAAGUUACGUUCUGAGACCUACUAAAAAUGGGAAUCAAGUCUUGGCAAGAACAGUCUGAAGACGGCCUUUUAACAAACGCUGGGAAUUUCGCUUGUCUUAUCCAGACUGGAGGCCAACCGCCCUGGCUUUUAGCGUAGAAUCAGAAGUGCAUCCCCUCAAUCUUCCAGCCCUCCCUAAUCAACUCCACAGAGGUCCCUACCCCAGAGCUUCCAUGCAAAGGAAUUCUUCAAGUUUAAAUCUGGACACUAAAAUAAGAUAAAUGUAUGGCAUCAUUUAGGGAUGCCUGAGAUGGCAGUUCACGAAGCACAGAAGAUCAAAGAAAAGUCUUUCAUCUUCACUGCUGAGGUCCUUGGGAACACUGUUGUCACGGGGGUUCUGCCAGGACCGUCAUCCCUGGGCUACUUGGUGAUUCGCAUUUAGCACCAACUUCUUUCCUCUCCCUGACGCUCUCCCCAAGCUGUUCAGUUCUAACAUAGUCUCAGUUAAUCUGGGAAAUGGCAUCUGUACCAUCUUAGUUCUCCGUUUAAUGUGCGAUUAAGAGCAAAGAAGAGCCUAGAGAGACUGGAUAUCACAAGUUUUUAAAUUUUAUAAACUGAAGUAGUUCCUUGAAUGUCUGCUGAUGAAAUAGUCACUGUUUAAGGAAAAAAUAAUUUUUCUGCAGAUUGCAGGAUUAGAAACACACUUUAAAACAGGAUUAGAAACACACUUUAAAAACACACACACACAUUUAGAGUCUCUCUUCCUUCCUCAAGGAACCAGUAGGCCCCCUUUAAAAGCAUCUUUAGAACCUAAUCACUCCAAUAAAAGUAACUAGAGGUUUGGAGUCUGGUUAAAUAAAUUUUGAUUAAAAUUCUUAAGCCAAAUGGAAAUUCUUAAUCAGGAGGACUUCUAUUGUGUCUUACUGUUGUAUUAGAUCCUAUAAAUUGAACUGAUUUUUCCGUAAGGAAAAUGCUUCUUUUGAGAUUAAUUCUAAUAAGGUAUUUGCUAUUCCGGUGCAGAGCCCACCGCAACUACUAGCACUGAAAGCAGAGGCUGAGAGCCAGAGCAUGUGAUUCUCACCGUCAUUUCCACAGACCCCUCUGCCCUGGCCCUCUGGAUUGGCUGUAGGAAGCUGGGAAAGACUAACAUUGUAUUUGGAAACAUGCACUGAAAAUGAAGGCCCAAUAAUGCCCAGGAACAAUAAAGCCAGGGAACUGACCCGUGUGUGUGUGUGUGUGUGUGUGUGUGUGUGUGUGUGUGUGUGUGUGUGUGUUUGUGUGUGUGUGUGUGCGCGCGCGCCUUACACGUGUGUGGUACCUCAAUGCUGCUGUUUAAGGAACUUGAGAGGUACAUUUCAAGGGAUUGGGUAUCACUGACUGGCUUUGGCUCAAAAUAUAGCAGGACCAGGUCUUUCGUUGCUAAACACUGUUUGUUUGUUAGUAUGUCAUGAAUGGUAUUUCUCUUUUACACUCUACAAGUGAGUUAGGGAGUCUUUUGUUGAUCCCUCUGUUGUAGGUAUGUGUGUCAGCCUAGGUUAUCCAUGAGUUCCUUUAUGCCUAAUGCAGUUAGAAGGACCCUUCUCCUUGAGCUCUUUGACUCCCAGAAGGCCCCCCAGGUCCCAGUGUACUUAGAAAAGAUCUCGAACAUUGCUGGACGCCCUCAUAGUACUCACCAAGGGCUAGCCUCGAAUGUCACUUGCCCAAUCUUCAGUCUCCUGACUUAGAGAGAGAUACAAUCACGUCACAGGUCUCUUGGCCUCAAUCUGAAAACUGCUGCCUCCGCGCCGAGGAGACUCGCAUGCCGCCACCACCUCACUGGGAGGGUGCCGAGCCCACCUUCGCCCCCCAGACCCUGACAGCUGCAGCUGCCUUGCCUUGCCGCCGCCUCCCUGCAGGGCCCCUGUUCCAAUGAAAAACAGAACACAGAAGAGCAGAGCACCUAAGCCUGUCUCUGCCUCCCUGUCUACCUGACUGGCCAGGGCCCUGGGACCCCUGCUGCUCCACUGUGGGCCGGGCAGUCUGACUUCCUGCUUCCUGCAAGCUGCUGCCUCCCCUGCAGCCAGGGUCUGGGCAGGGUGCGGCCGGUCCUCGGGGCACGCAGCUUCCUUCAAGUGCACUGUGUGUGCUUCCCGGACCUGCGGCGGAUGCCACGGGCCUGCCUUUUCUAUGCGCCUCACUAGCUUACCACCCUGUGCAGGUAAUGCGACUGACUUCAUUGUCUCAUCAGUCUUUUUCUUUCCCUGCCACCCUUUAUUUAUCAAGCAUAAUGUUACACUUUAAAGGUCAGCAAAUAAGAACUUUGUAGAAUCCCACCAGGACUUUGCUAACAAUGAUGUUUGGAAAUUUAAAAAAUGCUCUGAAAAAUAUCAGCCACCAAAAUCGUUUUGUUGGCACUGUGUUCACACGCAUGGUCCCCACACCCCCAGAUUGGGAGGGGUUUUUUUGUUUUUUGGGGGUUUUUUUGGGCUUUUUCAUGUUACAUCCAUAUCUGUAUUUAUAUCUUAUUUGUUUCACUUUCAAGUGUAUCAUGGCAAAUGUACAGAUUUUUUUGUUAAUAAUGUGCUAGGAUUUGCUAAAAAAGAAAACAAAAAAAAAACCCUUUUGAGUUUGCCCUAGAAUAAAAGACUUAAUUCAG